AUGCGCACGCGCGCGACGGCUGCGUUGUUCAGCGGUGCGGGCCUGGCGUUGGCGGCGCGGCUCAAGUGGGACCCGAGCGCGUACGUGCCGCUCCGCGAGGCCCUGCCGCGCGAGUACCGGUUGCUCUGCGGGACGCUGCUCGUCGGCGCGCUCGCCGUCCUGCUGCUGGCACAUGUGGCACUCACUGCACUCCUCAUACGACGGUCACCUAUACUGCGACGAGUUGCACUCUAUAUAUACGCGGUGUUGACGCUAGUUCAGGUAGUGUGCGAGGUGUGUGGUGGGGUGUGGGCGUACGAGCGCGUGCGAGAGUGGAUCGACUCGCGCGACGCGCAGGAGCUGCGGGAGCUGAUGGAGGCGCGCGACCACAUCCUCGCCGCGCUGCAGCUGCUCGCGCGGUGGUUCCCCUUGCCGGAGAAGCUCAACGCGCUCAUACAGGAAGCGGAGGCGGAUAUUCCCCGCAACGCGUACGCGGCGGGGGGCGCGGCGGCGGCGAUGCUGGUGCUGCAGGCGGCGGCGGUGGCGCUGGCGCUGUCGGCCGCGCGCCGCCGCCGCGUCGCCACUCGCCCCAGCGUCGCGACCAUAGACAGUGCCGACGAACAUUUCGACAGAGACGACUCGCGCGCUAGACUCACUUUCCGAAGAGUACUCGUUCCUACAACGCGACACGGCAGAGCCCACACGCAGAUUGUCAUCCUCACAGAACGCAACGGUUCGGUGACGUCAGACGAUCUCGGUCCCCCGCCGGGUCACGCGGGCCCCGCCGACUGCACCACUGACGCGGGGCCCACGCGGGCACACGCUCAGUACCUCAGUACUUACGCUCGAGCACUCAGGAUACAUAGAAAUCAUUACAGCAGAACGAGUCCGCACAUACGAGACGGCGAUCCUCGGAAAGCGGAGGUCGACCACCGAUUGUUAUUUCGAGAUAGUCGACGGCCGAUACUAUCGAGCGAGCGUUCGACGGCCGGGGUGUGUCGAGCCGGCGACCGUCUCGGGUCGAGGUCGGCCCUUCCGGAAGCGGCGGGAGCGUUCGUCGACGGCCGGGGAGGCGGCCUCGUUUAUCUGUACGCCUGCCGGUCCGCCAGGAACGGGUUGGCGGGCGACUGCCGCGGCACCGGCGCCUGCCCCGGCACCCCCAGGCUGUCCGCUCCACUGUAG